UCUGGGUUGUUUGAUUAAUUCUCUUGAAAGUGAACAGAACUUUUAUAAUUACGCAACAUUUAAAUUAUUUCUGUGCAGAGCGAAAAGCUUUUUAUUUGAGCCAUCAUGAGCAGCUGAGAUACUGAAAGCGCAGUCAGUCAUGAAUGGAUGGAUGUGAACGGACUUUAUGUGCUGUAAUUCAGUCACAGGAAUUUCUCCGGUUUAUUUUCGGAACAGCGUCACUGACAGCACCGGAGCGGACAGAUCAGCGGAUUCUAAAGGACCUCGUUGAACGCAUUUUUAUUUCAUUCAGCUGAACUGAAAGAUGCUUCAAAAUGGAAAGUCUGAAACGGAGAACACGUCGGAAGAAAGCGAGAAAACACAAUCCGUGUCCGAUCUUCUCCCGGUAACACCGGUUCAUCAGAAACUACUGAUCAAACGUCAUGCCGUGACAGACGAAUAUACAAUCUCCAGUCAGGUGUUGGGAUUGGGAGUCAACGGAAAAGUACUGGAAUGUUUUAAUAAGAAAACAGGAGAAAAGUGCGCGCUGAAGAUCCUGUACGAGUGUCCUAAAGCCCAGCGGGAGGUGGAGCUGCACUGGCGAGUGUCUGGAGGACCACAUAUAGUCCAGAUACUCAGUCUCUAUGAAAACAUGUAUCGUGGGAAAAAGUGUCUUCUCAUCAUUAUGGAAUGUAUGGAGGGGGGAGAACUCUUCAGUAGAAUCCAGACCAGAGGAGACCAGGCCUUCACUGAGAGAGAGGGCUCAGAGAUCAUGAGAGACAUCGGCACAGCCAUCCAGUACCUGCACGACAUGAACAUCGCACACAGAGACAUCAAGCCAGAGAACCUGCUGUACACUAGUAAAAGUGACAAUGGGAUUCUCAAACUCACAGAUUUCGGCUUCGCUAAAGAGACGUCUCUGCACAAUCCGUUACAGACGCCCUGCUACACGCCGUAUUAUGUGGCUCCUGAGGUUUUAGGUCCUGAGAAAUAUGACAAGUCAUGUGAUAUGUGGUCUCUGGGUGUCAUAAUGUACAUCCUGUUGUGCGGGUUCCCGCCAUUCUACUCCAACACGGGACAAGCCAUCUCGCCGGGUAUGAAGCGCCGUAUCCGCAUGGGCCAGUACAAGUUUCCCAAUCCCGAGUGGGCUGAAGUGUCUGAGGAGGCCAAACAACUGAUUCACCAGCUGUUGAAGACGGACCCCAGUGAGCGAAUGACCAUUGAGCAGUUCAUGAAGCAUCCGUGGAUCAAUCAAUCGAUGGUGGUUCCACAGACUCCUCUUCACACCACACGAGUGCUCGCCGAAGACUGUGACAUGUGGGACGAGGUCAAGGACGAGUUGACCAGUGCGUUGGCCACCAUGCGUGUGGAUUACGAGCAGGUGAAAAUGAAAGAUUUGGACGCCUCCAGUAACCCCUUACUGAACAAGAGACGCAAGAAAGCCGCUACAGGAGAGAAGAGCGCUGGAUCCGGCUGCAGCAGCCAAUGAGAACACAGAUGUCAGUCACAUGAUGAAGGGAAGUGAAAGAACACAUAAAGAUCUCCACAGAACAUCAGAAGAGGAAGUUGUGCUUGUUUCAACUCUGAAAGGAUUCUUCAGCUCUGAGUGUUUGUUUCUACACUCGUGAUUUAUAAAGUGAUCUUUUACUUGAUCUUAUUUGUAUAAAUCUCAAGGUCCUGUGAGUCUUAAGGACAAUUGAAACUUCUGCGUCAAAAGUACACAAGAGGCAGACCACAACAGCUGUGAUUGGUUACAUUAUCUGAGGUAGCGGCACAAUUAUAGAUGGUUUAAUCUCUGCAUCUAUAUCCACAGAUCAGUGAUCUCAUAUUAUGUUUCAUUUUUAGAGAUCAUCUGCUUUUUUAUGUUCAUUUUAUUUCAUGACGUUACAAGCAAAAAUGCAACACAAGACACAUUUUACACUAUAUAUUACAUAUAUCUGGUGUGGAGUGUGUAAUUUGUAUUCUGAUCGAGAUCUGUACGAUGUUUUGACCUGUACAGUAAACCCAUCUCCAGCGGUGACUUUACUGUCUUCUAAAGCAAAUCACUUUGUGUGCUCCUUUUCUGCCAGUUUGGAAUGCCCAAUUCCCACUUCUUAGUAGGUCCUCGUUGUGGCGUGGUUACUCGCCUCAAUCAAGGUGGUGGAGGACGAAUAUUAGUUGCCUCCGUGUCUGAGACGUCAAUCCACGCAUCUGAUCACGUGACUCAUUGUGACACCGCGGAGACUCACAGCAUGUGGAGACUCAUACUACUCUCCACGAUCCACACACAACUCACCACACGUCCCAUUGAGAGAACCACUAAUCACCACCACGAGGAGGUUACCCCAUGUGACUCUACACUCCCUAGCAACCGGCCCAAUUUGGUUGCUAAGGAGACUCACAACAUGUUAUAACAGUCCCAGCUUCUUUGCACUGGUCAAGCUACAUUUCCAAAGGGGGUCACCUUGUUUGUAAUGCUCAACUGGUCUCAGUUGAAAAAGAUAUAAAAUAAACUCUUAUACAAAUGAGUGGAGGGUUUCUUCUUUAUAUAUUCAAAGCUUUACUCAUUCAUUAUCCAAAAACCCAAUAUAUCACAGUACAUACACCUGUAUACAGAGACAGAAUUCAUUCAUGAGCCAGUCUAUACAUGUGGGUGUAUCGAAAUGUCCAACACGUCCUCUGUGGUUCACGAACCCCAACAGUUCUGGAAAUGAAAGAAACCAGUCUUAUCGUUAGUUCGACCAUACGUGCAAAGGUGGAUAGUGAUGAAUUAGAAGGUUGUCCAACGCUUAGUUGUUUGGAGAGUCGUAAGGUUUCCCCAGCAAACGAAUCAGAAAUGUGCUUCAGCAGUAUAAGCAGGGGGUCUGGUCAUAAACACUUAACAGUAUCCACAGUUGAUGAGCAACAGCUACAUCCCAAACAAACCUGUUUGAGCAGGAAACAAACAGUUUCUCAAACAGGAUUGGGAAACAGAUCACAAACAACCAUAAGGCAGCCCAAAGAGUCCUCCCACUUACUCUAAUGCUUCCUGUUUUAUCUCAUACAAUAUGCCCUCUUGUAUCCCCCUAGUGGCUAGGAAACAAAUAAUACCCUCAAUUAGAAUAAAAUAAACCCUGUGACAGGCGGUGACUGUUACAAUGUGGAGGCUCAUGCUACUCUCCACGAUCCACACACAACUCACCACACGCCCCAUUGAGAGAAUCACUAAUCACCACCACGAGGAGGUUACCCCAUGUGACUCUACACUCCCUAGCAACCGGCCCAUUUUGGUUGCUAAGGAGACCAGGUGUGACAGUCAGCAUCAAUAUUCGCUGAGAUAUCCAGAACCCCAUUAAAUCACAUGAAAGAUCGCUUUCAGUCAGACGUUGAUGA